AUGCCAGACAAGGACGCAGGCACGCCUCGAAUCUUCAUCAUCCGUCACGGCGAGACAGACUGGUCAAAAUCUGGCCAGUACACGGGCAAAACAGACAUACCGCUGACCGAGCACGGCGAGAAACAAGUCAAAGCCUCUGCGGAUCUGAUGUACGGGUCUGGCAAGCUCAUUGAUCCUGCCAAUGUCGCGAGAGUGUAUCUCAGCCCUCGCAAACGUGCGAUUAGGACUUAUCAGCUAUUGUCAGGGCAGCAGGAAGGGUACGAGAUCACGGAGAGCCUGGCGGAGUGGGACUAUGGCGAGUAUGAGGGUAUCAAGACAGACGAGAUCAGAGAGAAACGGAAGGCGCACGGUCUUGACAAAGAGAGACCUUGGGAUAUCUGGACGGACGGAUGUGAAGGUGGCGAAUCCUCAGCACAAGUCACAGCCCGCAUCGACAGCCUAAUCGCCACCAUCCGGGAAUUCCAUGAACCGAGAAUGAAGACUGCUGAAGCGAGAGAUAUCGUUCUGGUUGCUCACGGCCACCUCACAAGAGCUUUCGCUAAGCGCUGGCUAGGCUAUGAGCUGUCCUUCCCACUGAGCCUGAUGAUGGAGCCGGGUGGUGUUGGUGUGUUGAGCUAUCAGCAUCACAAUAUCGAUGAGCCCGCGCUAUUGCUGGGUAUUGGCUUGCCAUUAAAGCAAUAG